GGAUUGAAACACGGCCACCAAAAGUUGUUGUUUUUUCGUGCCGUCGAGACGUUUCGGUUUGCUGAUUUUUUGUGCAUUCGAAGAGGAAACUAAGAUAUUUUCUGUGCUUCAGAAGAUCGGAGUUUCUAUCUGAAGCGGUGAAUAAAUCAAUCACAGCGGUGCCGUCGAUCCAAGGAGCAGAGAGGAGAAUUUAAAAGGAUCCUCUGCCAUGUCCGACUAUUUUGAGGAGCUGGGCCACGAGCCCACCGGUCCGGAGGGGGCCAACGACUUUGCCAAGCACUACCGCCGCCUGCAGGUGCUGGCCAUCAUGAACGGCAUCGACAUCGACAUAGAGGUGCCGGAGGCCUCGAAGCGCGCCGUCGCUGCGCUGCCUGUGCACAAGGUCCUGGAGGCCGAGGUGGGCGACGAUCUGGAGUGCGCGGUGUGCAAGGAGCCGGCCCAGGUGGGAGAGGUGUACAAGAUUCUGCCGUGCAAGCACGAGUUCCACGAGGAGUGCAUUCUCCUGUGGCUGAAGAAGACCAACUCGUGUCCCCUGUGCCGCUACGAGCUGGAGACCGACGACGUGGUCUACGAGGAGCUGCGCCGCUUCAAGCAGGACGAGUCCAACCGCCGUGAGCGCCAGGACAACCUCAUGAAUUCCAUGUUUGGUUAGAGAAAGUGCUGAAAUUGUCAUUUGGUUAAGGGAAAUAAAGAUUGGUAUGGUA